AUGUGGGGCCCAUCACCCAGGGGGGCUGGUGUCCCUUUGAACAUCUGUCCCUGGGGCCACACGGUUGUCCGGAGGCCCCGGCUCCCGAGAGCCAGGACCCCCAAUGCCGUAAUGACGCUGGAAGAGAGCGUCUCCCUUGUCAGAUGGGUCCACAGAGGUCCUGGGAUAAAUGAGACAGCAGAGCAGCUAGUCCCAUGCUCUUGCCCCUGGGACCUCUAUCCCAGGGUCACACUGUCCCCAGCAGAGCACCCGUGUGCCGCACCCUUUGCAUUCACCCUUGCAAUCCCAUCGGGAAUCUCCCUGAAACACAAAGGAUCAAUGUCCCCGGAAUGGCGCCCAGAGCGGUCCGAGGUGGUCACAGCCCCUCUGCCUCAGAGGCACCUCCCAGCAGAAGCCCCGGAGAGCCAGCCCAGCGUCUAG